AAUUACACUCUCUACCUGAAACUCGUCUCCCCAAAGUCUAGUUUCAGGUGGAGAGUGUAUAUAUAUCACGCUCGGACACCUCGGACAAAUUUUUUGAGCACUUUGUAUGAAAACUUCCGAUCCGCGGAAAAAACGCUGCAAGUGUAUUCAGUAAAAUAUUCAGGGUUGAGUCAAAACACGGUCACAAACCCUGCGAAUUAACUUGGCGGCCCGGAAUUGACAUGUAUUGAACCAAAAUUUCAAAACUUCAUUAAAUAAAAACAAAGAAUUAGAUCGUGAAGAUCUUAUAAAUAUAUAUUUACUGUAUAAAUAAUCAAAAUAAACAACAAAGUUAACAAAAUUCAAUAUUUACAUUAACCACCUUCACCUCCUUUUUUAAAAGUCACUGACGUGUCUGUUGUGAAAUUUUUUUCUUCAUUCGACGUCUUCGAAGUCAACUUGAUUGAAAUUGUAAGGAAAUUAAAACCAAAGCACAAAAAAUAUGUCGGAAUUCUCGACUUGGUACAAAUCAGUACCUCAAUUUACUCGUUAUUGGUUAACCGCAACAGUUGGAAUAUCAGUUCUGGGAAAACUCGGAAUUUUACCAGUUCAAUAUCUGUAUCUUGACAGUACCUUCGUUUUUAAGAAGUUCCAGUUAUGGAGACUCUUAACAUCUGUUUUCUUUUAUCCAACUGGAUUCCAUUUUCUCAUGAAUUGUUUCUUCUUGUACAAUUACUCAUCGCGACUGGAGAAAGAUCAUUAUUUGGGCAGUCCCGGUGAUUAUUUAUAUUUACUCACCUUCAACUGGCUAUGUUGUGCUACUGUUGGAAUCUUUUCAUCAUUACCGUUCCUAAUGGAUCCAAUGGUUUUAUCAGUUCUUUAUGUCUGGUGUCAACUCAAUAAGGAAGUGAUCGUUAGUUUUUGGUUUGGAACGAGGUUUAAGGCAAUGUACUUGCCAUGGGUUCUUCUUGGAUUCAACAUGCUUAUGUCUAAUGGAAGCAUUUUUGCUGUUGUUGGAAUCCUUGUCGGUCAUCUUUACUUUUUCCUAAAGUUCACAUAUCCACAAGAACUUGGAGGCGCUAAUUUCCUAGAAACACCACAAUUUAUUAAAAAUUAUUAUCCAGAUACAAGGCCAUCGGGUGUAUUUGGAUUAGCACCUGAAGGUGGUCGUGCUGAUCCACAAGCGAAUCAACGAAGAGUUUUUGGUGGCAUGGGACAAAGAUUAGGAAAUUAAUAUUCGUUUCAAAAUCAUCUUAUGAUCUUCUUGAGAUUCAUUUUUCAUUCUAAUUAAUGUUGAUUUAUUUUCAUGGCAAAUAAAAACUAAAGUGAAACUAAUGGAGCAAAAAAAAA